CAAGAAACUCCCUUUAUUCACACAGUUUAUCAAUCACCACCGAGCUACUAACCCCCCCCCCCCCCAUUUUGUCCAGUUUUCUUGUGUGAUAUACACUGUAUAUACAGUUGAUAUACACAUAUAUUGACAGUAUAUUUGUGUUUUUUAGAAGGGAAAAAGAGGGAUCAAGAAUGGCAACAGAGAAAUUCAUUAUAGAAGUAGAACCAGCAAAGGCUGCUAAAGAUGGAAGACCAUCAAUGGGUCCUGUUUAUAGAAGUGUUUUUGCUAAAGAUGGAUUUCCACCACCUAUUGAUGGACUUAAUAGUUGCUGGGAUAUUUUUCGUUUAUCGGUGGAGAAAUAUCCUAACAACCGGAUGCUUGGAACCCGUGAAAUUGUAGAUGGAAAACCCGGCAAAUAUGUGUGGAUGUCUUAUAAAGAAGUAUAUGACAUUGUCAUUAAAGUAGGAAAUUCCAUCCGGAGCUGUGGUGUCGAUGAGGGAGACAAAUGUGGUAUCUAUGGUGCCAAUUGCGCCGAGUGGAUAAUAAGCAUGGAGGCAUGCAAUGCUCAUGGACUUUACUGUGUUCCUCUGUAUGACACCUUAGGUCAUGGUGCAGUGGAAUUUAUCAUUUCCCAUGCUGAGGUUAAAAUUGCUUUUGUUGAAGAGAAAAAACUUCCUGAGCUUCUGAAAACUUUUCCAAAUGCGUCAACGUACUUGAAGACUAUUGUGAGUUUUGGAAACGUCACUCCUCCACAGAAGGAAGAGGUUGAAAAGUUUGGGGUGGCUCUAUAUUGCUGGGAUGAGUUUAUACAAUUGGGAAGCGAAAAUCAAUUUGACCUUCCAGUAAAAAAGAAGGAAGACAUUUGUACAAUAAUGUAUACUAGUGGAACGACCGGAGAUCCCAAAGGUGUCAUGAUUUCAAAUACUAGCAUUGUUACUCUUAUAGCUGGAGUAAGGCGUUUCCUUGAGAGUGUGAAUGAGGCGUUGACUGUGGAUGAUGUGUAUCUUUCGUAUCUUCCCCUGGCACAUAUCUUUGAUCGGGUGAUUGAAGAAUGUUUCAUUCAUCAUGGUGCCUCAAUAGGAUUUUGGCGAGGGGACGUCAAAUUACUAACCGAAGAUAUUGGAGAGCUAAAACCAACCGUCUUCUGUGCUGUACCUCGGGUACUAGACAGAAUAUAUUCAGGUUUGCAACAGAAAAUUUCUUCCGGAGGUCUGCUCAAAAGCACCUUGUUCAAUCUUGCCUAUGCUUACAAACAUUACAACUUGAAGAAAGGACGUAAACACUUUGAAGCUUCCCCGAUUUCUGACAAAGUUGUCUUCAAUAAGGUAAAAGAAGGGUUAGGAGGCAAAGUACGCCUUAUAUUAUCUGGAGCAGCGCCCCUUGCAGCUCAUGUGGAAUCUUUUCUGCGAGUAGUGGCAUGUUGUCACGUUCUUCAAGGAUAUGGUCUGACUGAAACAUGUGCCGGUACAUUUGUGUCACUACCAAACCAGUAUAAUAUGCUUGGUACGGUUGGUCCUCCAGUGCCCAAUGUGGAUGUGUGCCUGGAGUCCGUCCCUGAGAUGUCAUAUGAUGCUCUGUCAAGCACGCCACGUGGAGAAGUAUGUGUGAGGGGUGACACUCUUUUUUCUGGUUAUUUCAAACGUGAGGACCUAACAAAAGAAGUCAUGAUUGAUGGGUGGUUCCACACAGGUGAUAUUGGUGAGUGGCAACCUAAUGGUAGCUUGAAAAUAGUUGAUCGUAAGAAGAACAUUUUCAAGCUAUCACAAGGUGAAUAUGUUGCUGUCGAGAAUUUGGAGAAUAUCUAUGGCAAUAAUCCUGUUAUCGACUCGAUAUGGAUAUACGGAAACAGUUUUGAGUCAUUCCUCAUUGCUGUCAUUAACCCAAACCAACGAGCAAUUGAACAAUGGGCCGAACAGAACGGCAUAUCUGGGGAUUUUAAUUCCCUAUGUGAAAAUUCAAAAGUGAAAGAGUUCAUGAUUGGAGAGCUCGCGAAAGCUGCAAAAGAAAAGAAGCUGAAGGGCUUUGAGUUCAUAAAAGCUGUACACCUUGAUCCUCAGCCAUUUGACAUGGAAAGGGACCUUCUAACUCCGACAUUUAAGAAGAAAAGACCCCAGUUGCUCAAAUAUUACCAGGAUAUGAUUGACAACAUGUACAAGGGUACUAAAUGAACCUAACGGCUGUUACCUGCCCCUUCUUUUACAUUCAAUCUUAUUUUAUCUUCUUGUUUUUGUUAUUGCACUGUAUAUAACACAUGAAGAUGAUGAAAUUUGUAAAAUUUUGAAUCAUGUCUGGUUGUGUUAACUAUUUAUAUAUGGAGUAAUUAUUAUGGUUUUUCGCCGA